AGAUCCACCCUGCCAUCCGGUCUUCGUGUUCUUUGGUUUCUGACCGAGACGCAGUCAACAUCGAUCUAGGCUCUUCACCGCACUAAUUCGCCAAAUCCUUACUACCUGGUAGCUCAUUCAUUCAGAUUACAAUUGCAGAUAUUCGAUCAUGUACCAUUAGGUGAACUCCACCUAUUAAGGCUGAUCACCACCGAGUCCACCUCAUCGGGAUCUUCGAAAACCCAGGCACGAGACACCUGCAGCAUCACACUUAGCUCCUACAACCUCCACUCUUGACACUGUCCCAACAAGUUGAUGGCCUCCCAAGGAGGCCUCACGCGACGGCGUGGAGCAGGAGGAGUAUCCUCACCCAACGGAGAUGAAGAGUCCUCAAGUCGUGUCGGUUCUCCUGUCCCUAAGAACUUCAACGACCGCUCCCCCGAAACCGCCUACGAAAACAGCGAGAAUGGUCACAAAAUCGCCUACGACCCUAGAGACAUCAGCGAAAAUGCGGAGCGCAGCAAGCAACCUAAAUUGACGCUGAUGGAGGAGGUGCUAUUACUGGGGCUGAAAGAUAAGCAGGGAUAUCUAUCGUUCUGGAACGACAACAUAUCAUAUGCCCUACGUGGUUGCAUAGUGAUCGAGCUCGCCUUCAGGGGUCGCAUCAGCAUGCAGGCAGAUUCCGCCCGAAGACGGUUCCCCUUGGCCGACAGAAUCAUCGAAGUAACCGACGACACCUUGACAGGAGAAGUUUUGUUAGAUGAAGCUCUUAAGAUGAUGAAAUCGAGCGAAAAGAUGAGCGUCAGUUCCUGGAUUGAUCUGAUGAGUGGCGAGACGUGGAACCUCAUGAAGAUCGGUUAUCAGUUAAAACAAGUCCGAGAAAGACUCGCAAAAGGACUGGUGGACAAAGGCAUCCUGCGCACCGAGAAGCGCAACUUCCUGCUCUUCGACAUGGCUACACAUCCGGUGGUCGACUCCGGCGCGAAGGACGAGAUACGAAAACGCGUACGGAACGUAUGCUCGAAUCGCACUGUCGUCCUCCCUCCGUCACAAUUUCUUCCUGCAGAGCUGGAUUUCAGAAUGCUGCGGACCAUCAGUAUGAUCUGUGCUGCUUAUGCGGCUAACGUCCUUGAAAAUGCUUUGGUGACAAUGAGCCACGAAGCAAGAGAAAGAGCUUUUGCACAUGUCGAUGAACUCCUUGCUGAGUAUAGCCAAUGGCCGUUCGCACGGAGGGCUGGUGGUGGCCAAGGCAUAGGAGCAAACAUUGGGCAGGUCAUCGGUGAUGAGGUGGAGCAGAACAAGGAUAAGGAGUUACAACUUGAGGUGGUCGCUGCAUGCUUGAGCGUGUUCACGAGGCUGGACUCUCUGCUAUAGGGACUGCUUAUUCGGCCUUGGACCGUCGGACACCACAAUUUGCCCGUAAUGAAAGGCAAGAAAAAGGAUGCUAGUCUGGAAAAUGAGGUUACCCACCGCUUUAGGCCGGUCGAGGCACGCAGCGACCUAGGCGUACACAUUUCGACCACUUUGUCUGACAUCCCGGACCCUUUGUUCAUGGCCACCUGAGCCAUUUCGAAAUGAGAUAAUUCUGUCCGUAUUCACAGAUUCUCCAUCUA